AUGAGUUUUUGUAAUUUCCAUCACCGUGAACAUGAAGAUGAUGAGGAAUAUGAUGGGGAGUAUGAUGACAUUGCUGAGACUCCACCAGUUUUGGCUGUUAUCAUGGAUUUGGAUGGGACCCUUUUGAAUACAGAGAAAGCUACAAAGGGUAUUUUGAAUGAUUUCCUGAAGAAAUAUGGGAAAGAAGUGGAUAGAGAGAAAGAAGAUAAUAAAUUGGGUAUGAUGCAUAGUGAAUCAACUGCUGCCACUGUUAAGGACUAUGACCUUCCAUUGACUCCCGAAGAAUUUUCCAAGGAGAUCAUGGCUCUCUUAAUUCAAAGAUGGCCAUUAGCACAAGCACUUCCAGGCGCGAAUCGCCUUAUCCAACAUCUUCAUAAGCAAGGAAUUCCUUUCGCACUUGCAUCAAAUUCCAGAACGGAAAAUGUACAGAAGAAAGUCUUUAACCAACAAGGAUGGAAGGAAUCGUUUUCAGUAAUUAUUGGAAGUGAUCAGGUUAAAUCAGGAAAACCCUCUCCUGACAUAUUUUUGGAGGCAGCAAAAAGAAUGGGUGUAGAUGCAGCAAAUUGUCUUGUUAUUGAAGAUUCUGUGGUUGGUGUUAUGGCCGGCAAGGCUGCUGGGAUGAAAGUAGUGGCAGUUCCAUCUCUUCAAACUCAACCAGAUCGUUAUUCCAUUGCAGAUUCUGUACUACAUUCACUUUUGGAGUUUCAGCCUGAACUUUGGGGUCUCCCAGCAUUUGAAGACUGGGUAAGAAAAGCAUUGCCAAUUGAACCAAUGUAUGUGCAAGGUCUACUUCAGAAGGGGUCUCUUUGUGAAGAUACUGAGGACGGACCAGAUGCUCUUCCUGAUCAAGUUUCCGGGGUUUACUUUGGUUGGGCAAGAUUGAGCUCAAACCAAAUCGUCAAGACCGUUAUAAGCGUUACGUGGCACCAGAAUACUGCAAAACGAGUAAUUCGACCUCAUCUAAUUGAUGAACCCGAUGAGUGUAUAUCUGGUCAACUGCUGCAGAUUUUGAUUGUUGGCUACAUCCGCGAACCAAGUAACAAGGUAAACUCACCGGUGCAUUUGGAGAUAACUGAACAAAAUAUAUCAACAUAUUCGGUAUAG